AUGAUAACUGAGAAGCCGGUCGUUGAUUAUCCCGAGCAAACUCCAUCAUUUGAUGUUCAAGACACUUCUCCUGUAUCUGAUAGUGAGACCUCAUUGUUACAACAAUCUUCUGAUGAAAAGAAGAGUGAAACGAAACACAUAUCCACUUUCUCUGUGUUUCCUCUUGUAGUAAAUGCAGCAAUCGGAACGGGUGUCUUUGGACUACCAUUGGCCUAUUUUGAAGCCGGUGUAUACCCAAGUCUCCUCAUUUUAAUAUUGUUCUUUUUUUUAAACAAUAUCACUGCAGGGUAUGUCCUGGAAGCACUCAGUCGGCUCAACGUCUUACCCUCAAAAUUUUCAACGAAGUAUAUCUUUCCCGAAGUGACUCCACUCAAUGAAAAAACACCUUUAGAAGACCAAAAGCAACACUUGGUUGACCAAAAACUGAAGUAUGAAGUUGUCGAGCAGAAUUGUAUAAUAAAGAACACAUACGGAUACACAGAAAUGGGUCUGCGCCUUGGUGGCUCUCCAUUAAAAAUCUUUUCCAAUAUGUGUAUCAUCUUAAACUGUUAUGGUGGGCUCUGGGCGUAUGUAGCAACGUGUGUCACGACAUUUGUGACAGUGAUUUGGAUUAUCGUUGGCGAUCAAGAGAAGUGUUCCAACUCGCAAUAUAAAAACCCAUGGGAAUGUCAAGUCACAUAUUAUUGGUCGAUCUUUGUGUACAGUGUUCUAGUGAUACCGUUGAGUUUUCUCGAUGUCGGUCGACAAGCCUUCAUUCAGAUUGCAUUGACAUUCAUUCGAUUCUUUUCGUUUGGUGUGAUGGUGAUCACAUGUGUUGUUCAAAUCAGUAUGACCGGCCCACUUGAUGCCGAACGAAACGUCUUUGCGUUCUACUGGGAUGGGUUUGGUACGAUGUUCACACACACGGCCUUUGCAUUUGUUGUCCAACACACUUUGCCUGCGCUCAUUGGCCCUGUUAAAGGUGACAAGAAGAAAGUGCAUUUUGCGAUCUGUUCUGCACUAAGUAUUGCGUCAGUCUUCUAUUUGCUUGUUGCGAUUGUCUGUGCAUACACUUUUAAUGGGAAAGUAAAGACUCCAGUCACACUAAAUUGGGCCAAUUACACUGGAAGAGAUGGUGGGUGGGGUGAUGGGAAAGAGUUGUGGUUUGCUUAUAUCAUCAAGUACUUGAUUCUCUUCUUCCCAGUCCUCAAUCUAACAUCAACCUUCCCAUUACUUUCAAAUACAUUGGCCGCAAACAUCGAAGAUUUGUUCCCUCUUAAAGUCAAAAAGAGACAUGGCAGAUGGACUAAAUUUGGGUCAAGAGCUAUCGCUAUAUUCCCCCCUUUCAUCCUCACAAUGUUCAGUAGCUCUCUCAAAAUCAUUUUCGACGUCUCGGGAAUCAUCGCGUUCUUCUUGGCGUUCACAUUGCCUUGCAUCUAUGUCUUCAUGUCUCUCUACAGAUUUAACAACAUCAAAAUGUGUCAUCUGAGACCUAAAACCCCUUACACUAAUUGGGUGACUUCAACACCGGUAGCUAUUACUGCAGUCUUCUUUGUGACACUCACACUCUUUUGCGUGUCACUGUACUUCCUUAUACAAAACAUCGUUCUGUCAUUUUGA